CUUGGGGCUCCGGCCGUGGGGACCCGCCACAGCACGGACACCCAGCAGCGCUCUCUGGGCUGUCUCCUUAAAGCCUCGAGAAACAGCUCCUGCUUCGUUUGCCACGGUGAUGAGGCCACCAGUGCCUUUGGAUUAUUCGAGUGAUAUGCAGGGACCACUGCUGGCCUUGAUACAAAAACUGUAGAUGUUGAACAUCUUGACAUGUCAGUGAAUUUGAAGGCUGACAAGCACACUAAUCUCGCAACCCGGUUAGCCUUCCACAGUGGCUUCUUCAUUCAUGGCUUGGGCCAGGCACUCAUAGGAUGGACCAUCAACUUUCCUGCAGGCACUGAGGUGACUUCACAAACACUGGCUGUGAGCGAAGGUCCUUGCACAGGUGGCACAUCUUCUCAGAGAAAAAGGUUUAGAGAGACAUGGAGCUUGAAAGAAUCAUUCGAGACACACUGACACGCUUCAUCCAGUCCCACAUCCCUGCAGCAGAUCUCAGUGGGAUGGAUGAUGUUUUCUUCUCUUAUAUCACGGGUGUCCUGGAGGAGCUGGGCUCACCAGAGUCCUCUGAGGAGAAUUUUGACAUGGACACCUUUGUGGAAAUGAUGGAGGCAUAUAUCCCUGGAUUUGCAGAAAUCCACAGUGGGGAUGUUUGCGAAAUGAUGUUCUCCCUCUCAGAAAGGCUUGGUGAAGCUCGCAACAAAGAAAAACCUGGCCAAAAGGCUGUGGAAAGCAGGAGUGAAGCACCUUCUGAAGACCUCACCAAGGGCCAGGAGCCUGGAGCUGGAGCCUGCAACGGGGAAAGGCUGUGCACUGUAACAGACGGAGCCAGGGCCCAGGAAGACGAUGACUUGAAGGAUGGGUUGGAGCUACUACUGGAGAUGUUCCCAGCCUGUACCGUGAGCCAGGCAGAGAAGGCUCUUGCCAUGGCCUUGGGGAACUUGGAGGAGGCAGUGCAGUUAAUUGUGGAGGAGAAGGUGGAAAUUGGCCCAUCAAGUGUGAGUGUGAAGGAACUGGCACGGCCCCGCAGAACACCCAACCACGAGGAACUAAAACAGGUUAUCCUACAGAAAUACAUGAUGGUGGAUAGUGCAGAUGAUCAGAAAACACAUCGGCCAGCUCCACCCAAAGAGGUAAGCAGAGCAGUCCCAGCUCACCAGCAGUUUGAAUGUCCUUUGUUACAAGGUUUAAAAAAAUCAGGGCAAAAGUCCAAAAAGCAAGAGGGCAGCCAAAGGCAGGACCAUUCACAGAACCUCUUACUCAAAGAGAGAAGAUUAGCUUAGCUCAAGUGCUGCAGGGUCUGUCAUUUCCUACCAUUCCUGACUACCGUGGCUCUUGCUCCCCCCCAUCAGACAACAUCCUUUCCAAUUUUGGCCAAGAUUCCCAGCACAGAUGAUGGUAAAGCAGCCCACCCACCUCCCAGAGUGCAGUUCUACUUCUGCUUGCCCCCUGCCUUUCUCAAGCAGUGUGGCUGUCCAUCCACUUGGUGUUAAUGUCUUUCCUCGCCAGGCUCCCAAGAAGUUGAUCCGCUAUAUCGAUAACCAGGUGGUGAGUACAAAAGGAGAGAGGUACAAAGACAUCAAGAAGCCUGAGAGUGAAGAGAUGAAAAGAACCUAUAUCAGCCUAAAACCAGCCAGGAAGUACAAGUUCCACUGACAGCCAGGUUCUCCUGCUCUUCAGCCUUCCACCUCACUGGCCAGGCAUGGCAGGAUGGACUGUGGUGCUAGGAAUGAGGGACUCCUCCACCUGCCACUAACUUGAACUAACCUGGGAGCCAGGACACUGUUUUCAGCUUCCUCAACUAACCUGGUUGAUAAGGAGGAGACUUCUCUCCUUGGGUAGCUAUCCCUCUGCCCCCAGGGGCACACUGCAGUGACUCUCUGGGGCCUGGGCAUUCUCUGCUCUAUAUUGCAUGGGACAUUUUUAGAUCUGAGAUGUGGCUUGUGCUUUUGCAGCAACCUUUUUAACAAGUCUCUAUGCACUGUUGCUUUGAGUGCCAGUAUUAAUAAAGAUGAUGUGAGUUGGUGUGUA